UGAGCGCUCCCUCUCCCGGCCUGCGCCUGUCUUAUCUGCGCGGUGGCUUGUGGGUGUGUGUGCGUCGAAGUAAAAUGGCGGACUUGGCGAACGAAGACAAGCCUGCUAUAGCGCCUCCUGUAUUUGUUUUCCAAAAAGACAAAACUCAGAAGCGAUCUGCAGAGGGCUCAAGUGCAGAGGAUGGAGAAGAUUCAGAUAAAGACGAGACAAACUACUUUCCUCCAGUAAAAAGGGAGAGGACUUCAUCAUUCCCGCCGCUCCACUCGGUUCCCAAGAACAAUGUAUUCAUGCCCCCCAGUUUCUGCCAGUCUCCUACUGGGAACUCUGACUCUGAGCCAGAGGAGAAGCCAGUUGGGUUCCGACUAAAGCCGCCGACUCUCAUACACGGGCAGGCGCCCAGUUCAGGCGUCCCGAGUCAGAAACCGAAAGAGCAACAACGCAGCGUUCUCCGCCCUGCGGUUCUUCAAGCGCCGCCCCCCAAAUCCCACACAGAAUCCAACUCCACUUGCGGAACCAACGGAGUGAAGAAGUCGUCAGACGGCCCUUCCGCACCCCAGUCCCUUUUCCUGAACAACACAGAGCACUCAGCCGCCCCGAACACAUCACUGAAACACGAAAAUGAGGAACGCGGCCCGAGUAACGUCAAAGAUGAAGGAGGAACCGAGAAGGAGGAAGGAGACGUAGCAAAUUCUUUUGUAUUUGGUCAGAAUAUCAAAGACAGAGCAAAGGUGGACCAGAACAGUACAGAAGAAAAGUUAAAGGACUGCAGUCCAGGAGACUGUCAAUCAGAGGGCACCAAUUAUUUCUUGCAGUACAUCUCUACCCCAAGUUCAAAUAAUGCCACAAACAGUGCAGACGGCGGGGCGAAAUUUGUGUUUGGGCAGAACAUGUCUGAACGAGUUUUGAGUCCUCCCAAGGGCGAGGCCCCCAGUGAUGAUAGUAAAGAGGUUCCAGAGGCUUCAGAGCUCCCAUCACAGGAGGCCACCGCAGAGAAGGCAUUGAACAGCGUGUCAGAGUCUUUGGAGGAAUCUGCCGCAGCCUACACCAAAGCCACAGCCAAGAAGUGCAUCUUAGAGAAAGUGGACGUGAAAACCGGGGAAGAAUCAGAAAGCAAUGUUUUACAGAUGCAGUGCAAGUUGUAUGUCUUUGAGAAGACGGCACAGUCGUGGAUAGAGCGAGGGCGGGGCCUACUCAGGCUCAAUGACAUGGCGUCGACGGACGACGGCACGCUACAGUCGCGUCUAGUGAUGAGGACCCAGGGCAGCCUCCGGUUGAUCCUCAACACUAAACUUUGGCCCCAGAUGCAGGUGGACAAGGCAAGCGACAAGAGUGUACGGGUCACCGCCACAGACACAGAAGACCAGGGGGUCAAGGUCUUCCUAAUAUCGGGUAGUUCCAAGGACGUAGGUCAGCUGGCGGCGGCGUUGCAUCACCGGAUUUUGGCACUCAAGAGCCGCGCGGAGCAGGAGCCCGAAGCCCCCGUGACGACCAUCCCCGAGGCCGAAGUGCCGCAAUCCAACGAGGACGACAGCGAUGAGGAAGGAGGCGCGUCCGCUUCGGCCUCAGCUGCUGCGACGACUAAUUCAGAGGGAGCAGAGAACCAGACUGCGGGAAGCACAUAGCGCCACCCCCUCGAGACGGCCUGCAGAAAUGCCACUUUGGAGGCAUUUUUUUCUGCAGGCAUCUCCACGGACACCCCUUUUGACCAACGUGGUCCCUCCAGACCAGUAACUUUUGGAUAUUAGAAGUGUAGCUCCAGGAAAUAAUCACCCCCACCCCACAUCACACCAGUGCCGGAGUGUCUCCCCUCCCACCAGCCAAUCUGCGUCAUCAAUGGAGUCCUUUCCUCCUCUUCCUCCUCCUGUUGUGUUGGAGUUUCUCCUCUACGUUUCCCUCCUUCCCCUGCUUCCCCCCUCCCCCCCACUAGCAAAAAUAAAGACUUCAAAGCUUUGGUUUGGGACUUUUCUGCUCAUCAUAUUGAUGAGCAUAAAGGGUGUUUUUCCUCUACAUUUUAAAGUAUGGCACAUGUUAAGACUGCAGUUUCUACUUCAGGACCUUUGUAUUCACUGUACAGUUGCCCCCCCCCAACCCUCAUCUCCUGCGUUCUCCGGAUGCCACAACAACCUGAGGGUCAACCGUCUAGCCCCAGAACCUGGAGCCUAUUCAACCAGUCUGUCCCGUCAGCUGUUCUGCAUCGGGCCCUCUACCAACUCCCAGCCCUAAACCCCCACAAACUUGAUCAGUGCAUUUGGUUUUGGCAACUGUAAUUUAUUUUGGGGCGAGAAGAGGGCAUCACCAUGAGGCAUCUCAACAUUUGUGCUCUUUGUAAAGGCUAGCGAGUUCACUGAACUUGUCAUUAAUCGCAGUUUCCUUUGAUUUCCUAUCGAUCUAUAUUCUAGUGAAUAAAGGACUGAAACCGUGCA